AUGACUAUUCCUCAACUUGAAAAUCCUACAAACACCACACUUGAUGAAAGUGAAAUCAAUUCCCAACCAACACAAACUGAAACAAACAAUACUCCAACUCCAAAAAGUCCCUUACAAGCCUCCUCAUCCCAUAAAAAUGAUUCAAAAUUCUUAGAAAGAUUAGAAUUACUCGAACGUUUAAAUACAAGAUUAGAUUCCGAACAGUCAAGAUCAAUCCUAAAUGAACCACUUCAAUUACCAUCAUUCAAUCCUAUAAGACCAUCAGGUCAAACAAGAUCAAGAUCAUCAUCAUUUGAAACCACUCAAUUCACAAUAUUGGAAGAUUAUAAUCCAUCAUCAAAUUUUAUUUAUCAUGAACAUAUAAGAGAUUUAACAGCUUUUAAUAAAUCUUUAAAAUCAUGUCAUAAAAAGGGGUAUGGACCUUUAAGAACAAUUGAUAUUUCAAGAAAUAUUGAUAAUAUCCCAGUUGAAUAUAGAGAUUAUUAUUCUGAAGAUGAAGAUGAUUUUGAAGAUGAUUUGGAAGAUGAUGAUUAUUAUUAUUAUGGUUCUGAUGAUGAUUCUUCAAAUUAUAAUGAUGAAAAUGCUAUGCCAUCAAAUUGGACAUCAUAA